CUGCAGAGGCUGCAGAUUGCUUCCUAGUGUGGUGCUUAACCCCUUGCGCCACCAGGGAGGCCCCUAAUAUUUUUUCUUAAUUAUUAAGAGUGCAUCGCAGUUGGGCACGAUGUUUAGGGAGCAGGCACUGCCCUGUUGCCCCUGGGAGCACACUCUUGAGUGGUAGAGAAGAAGGAAAGAAGAAAAGAUUGAGUCUUACUGAAGAACAUUAGCAACCCUGGAUGGUGUCCCUGUGCCAUUCUGAAAUGUUCCAGCAGGUUUUUGGCCUUUGACGAGGCCUCUGCUGCACACAGCACUUCAGUGAUAGCGCGCGAUUGUGUUUCACACACACACUUGUGUUUAACUCACCUCCCUUAGGAAGGCGGAGGACUGCCUGGCUCCCAUUAGGUAAGAUCUCCGUCAGUGACAAUUUUAAGAACUCAGCGUUAUUAACACUAUUUAGACAAGAUGAAUUCACCACGUGCUCUAAAUAGACAGUUAUUUUGGUGCUGUUUAUGUUUGUGCUUGUGAUUUUUGUGAUAAAUGUUAUUCUGGCCGCGCCAGUGACCCUGGCGGGCGGGUUGAAGGACUGCUCUCCUGCGCGCUGACAGGAAGAUGGCAUUUCGUUGGGAGACUUGUGACUGUGUUGUUUCCUCGGCGAGUUUAAUUUUAAUGUUACAGUAUGAAGGUAUUUUUUAAUUAGAGCCUAAUUUUGGUUUUAAGGACUAUCUGCCCUCUGAUAACAGUCAUCUUUGUCUGUUUACAUUGCUUUUCAAGUUAAGCUUAUUUAGAAAAUAACAUUGCCGGCUACCAAACUGGCAGAAUAAGUGCGCGUGCACCAUCGCCUUGUGUAAGUAUUUCAGUGGUUUUGCACAUUUCCAGAAAUACUUCAUUUUAGAAUUGGAUGGAACCUUCUGCUUAUUGACUAGUUUCAUCUUUGCACAGAUGAGGAAACGGGACUCGGCGCGGGUGUGUAAUCUGCGUGUGUUUUAGAAGGGCGUCUGCUGGGCGCGGCUCCUCGUGCCGCUGGCGCAGGGUGUUUUCAUUUACCUGGAAGUGAGGGGUUUGGGGUCAGUGUCUUCGUGGAGGAAGUCAUAUUUGAGUUGGCCCUUAGAGGGGACCGUGCUUGACUGGGGAGAGCUGUGGACAGUGGGCAGUAUCUCAGAUAGGGAAAUAGGACCUACGCCGUCAGUGUAGACAUUUGUUUCUCCUCUUUCCUAAGUGGGAGUCCCUAUUUUCUGUUUCUUAGUUUAAUUCUUGAUCUGAUGGAGCGCAUCUUCCUAGUAACUUCUGAGAAAGGUGAUGGGAGAGUUGUCUUUUUGUUUGAGACCUUGCAUGUCAGAAAUGUCUAGGUCUCAAGUACAAGAUUUAUUAUCUGGCUGUGUGUAGAAUUCUAGGCUAAUGCAGUAGGAUAGAAUAGGUUAUGCUGUAAACCUCUGUGCGUAACAUAAGCUUAUUUAUUGCUUUUGCCAAGUCUGCUGUGGCCUCAGGGUUUCUGCAGUGGCUCUUUUUUUUUUUAAAGAUUUAUUUAUUUACGCAUAGAAGAGCUGGGGUACAGGCCAGAGGUGUGGAGAGGUGAGUGGAUUCACCAGAGACAGAGUGGGGAGCAGAACAGGCAGACUGACUGAAAUCCACUGCUGAGGGGAGCAGCGGGGAGACAGGAGAGGUCUGCUCGCCAUGUGGGUAGCUCCCUGGCUGGGGAUCGAACUUGUGCUGUAGUGACAGCUUCAUAGGUUGCGUCUUAACCCCUUGCACCACUGGGGAGGCCCGAUGCAUGUCACUUGCUCACAGUCCGGUGGCCUGAAGCAGUCACAUGCCCCUGCAGGAUGCUGAGAUGUGGAAGCGCACCAGUCAUUGCCUCUGAAGCUGUGCUGUGAUGAAAGUAAAUUUUCGCUUGAAUUCUGAAGGCCUUGCUCCACCAACCUCCAGCUAUCAGUGUUACUACUAAGCUGCCAUCUGUUUCCUAAUCAUUUAAAAUGGCUCCAGUAGGUGAAUGAAGCUGGGAAAAUAAGUAGAUGCAGCAUUGCAGCCUCUCCAGAUGUUGGAGGAUAAUACUGCAGAGAGAACUUGAUCCCGUGGACUAGGUCGCUAGUCAUAAUGAAGAAAAUCAGUCUCAAAACCUUCCGAAAAUCUUUCAACUUGAAUAAAAGUAAAGAAGAAACAGAUUUCAUGGUCGUGCAACCGCCGUCACUAGCCGGUGAUUUCGCGAAAGAGGAGCCCCUGUUCGGGGGCUGCUAUGGGAAGGACGUGGCCAGCUGCGACGUGGGCGGCGAGGAGGAGCGGGGCGCGAAGGGCCGGGCCAAGAGCGAGAGCCUCAUGGGCACGCUGAAGCGCCGGCUGUCGGCCAAGCAGAAGCCGAAGGCCAAGGGCGGCGCGGCCCCCGGGGGCCCCGCGGACGAGGACGCCUUCUCCAGCGCCUCGGCGCCCGUGGUCUUCAAGGACGCGCGCGCGCCGCGGCCCAUCCGCUCCACCUCGCUGCGCAGCCACCACUACAGCCCCACGCCGUGGCCGCUGCGCCCCACCGCCUCCGAGGAGACGUGCAUCAAGAUGGAGGUGCGCGUCAAGGCGCUGGUGCACGCGGCGGGCCCCGGCGCGGCCCUCAACGGCGUGCGCAGGGACCUGGGCGAGCUGCAGCCCGAGCCCGGGGGCCCCGCGCAGAGCCCGGGCGGGCGGCGCGCCGAGCCGCAGAACGGGGACCUGCGCCUGCACCUGGAAGACCACGUGCCUGUCGUCAUUGGACUCGUGCCUCAGGACUACCUUCAGUACACCGUGCCUUUGGACGAGGGGCUCUUCCCCCUGGACGGGCCGCGCCCCUACUGUCUGGACGGCUCCUCCCCCAUGGAGGUCUCGGCCGCGCCGGCCCGCGGGGGCGGGGGCGCCUUCUCGGAGGACGAGGGUCCGGCCGAGCAGGACCUGGUCGUGGCCCCGGAGAUCUUCGUGGACCCGUCGGUGGACGGCCUGCUGAUCGGCUCCACGGGGGUGAUGCUGCAGAGCCCCAGGGCGGGCCGCGACGACGCGCCCCCGCUCUCACCGUUGCUACCUCCACUGCAGACCAACCCGAUCCAAAGGAACUUCGGCGCGCUGGGCGGCCCGGACGCCCACGUGGCCGAGAGCGUGCGCUGCCACCUGAAUUUCGACCCCAACUCGGCCCCCGGCGUGGCGCGGGUGUACGACUCGGUGCAGAGCAGCGGCCCCAUGGUGGUGACCAGCCUCACGGAGGAGCUGAAGAAGCUGGCGAAGCAGGGCUGGUACUGGGGCCCGAUCACGCGCUGGGAGGCGGAGGGGAAGCUGGCCAGCGUGCCCGACGGGUCCUUCCUCGUGCGCGACAGCUCCGACGACCGCUACCUGCUGAGCCUGAGCUUCCGCUCGCACGGCAAGACGCUGCACACGCGCAUCGAGCACUCCAACGGCAGGUUCAGCUUCUACGAGCAGCCGGACGUGGAGGGACACACGUCCAUCGUGGACCUCAUCGAGCACUCCAUCAGGGACUCCGAGAACGGCGCGUUCUGCUACUCGCGGUCGCGCCUGCCCGGCUCCGCCACCUACCCCGUGAGACUCACCAACCCGGUGUCGCGGUUCAUGCAGGUGCGCUCCCUGCAGUACCUGUGCCGCUUCGUGAUCCGCCAGUACACCCGGAUAGACUUGAUCCAGAAACUGCCUUUGCCAAACAAGAUGAAGGAUUAUCUGCAGGAGAAGCACUACUGAGCGCGGGUGACAACUCUGUGUCUUGCACUGUGGGGUGGGAAGAGGAGGUUGAAACACAGUUUACAGACGUUCCUCGCUGUCAGAGCCCGUCGUGCCGUGUGAGUUCAGUCUGCGUGUGAGGCGGGCGCUGCGCCCGUGUCUUGGCUUCAUUUCGGUUCUCUGAGGUCUCGGAGGUGUGAGUUGUCUUCAUCCGUGUGCGAGUCAUCGCGGUGUGAGCGGUCAGAGUCCCCUCGCCCCCCCCCACCAGUCCUUUGCUGCUAUCCACUGUGAUUUUUAUGCAUUAAAAGCACAUUUCAUGUGUGUUCAACCCUAAGUAAAGUGGAAUGAAGCUCACAGAACACCAGUGGUGGUUCCUUUCAGUGGCCCAUGUUCAAAAGUAGCGUUACACGAAACACCCGUGCAAUCAAGUACAAAAUUUACACCUAACUCUGAAAAUGAUUUUUAAUCUCAUUGUUUGGAAGGAUUUAUGCACAGCUGUGAAUUGACAUGAUCUUGGGUGACGUGAGGGAACGCAGGUCCACACCGUGCCCUCCACGACACUCCCCUCUAAAUUCUGUUUGAGGUUGUGCUGAUUCAUGGAUGCGAAAAGUCAGGUUUCUCUGUGGCCUUUCAUUUUCAUCUCCUAGUUUGUCUAGUUUAAAAAAUGGCCUUACAUUUUAAAAAGUCAUAGAAGCAUACCACCAACUUAGAAAUUGUUGCCUUUUUCUGUCACUAAACUGAUACAAAUGGGCAUAACCUAUGAAGACUUAGGAACUUGGAACUAUUAAAGAAAUACUAGCGGAUCUUCGUUUCUGUGAUAGUAAUUUUUUGUGUUCCCUAUACUUUCUUUAGGUAAAAUAUUUUUAUCUGUGAUUUCUGUACCUUAGCCAACAUUUUCUUGGGUGAAUUUGAUCUAGAACUGAUUUCCAUACAUGGAGUAGAUUCUCUUAUAUCACAAAGUUCGUACACAAAAUUUUAAACUGGUUUGAAUAGAAAGAAAACAUUUCUGUGAGCAUAUUUUUUUUUUCUUUUCUGUGGUUUCUAUUAAGAUAUGCUAGAUGUGAGCCUUCCGUCCCCCUACCAGGAAAACAGAAACUGGUGACUUGAGCUGAAGAGUUAAGGAAAUUGUGGAGCCUCGUGUAAGAGAAGUAUUAAUUAACACCAUGUGUGAGACACGGAGGCCUCGCUGCCUGCCAUAUGUACUGUCAUUUAAAAAUAGGUUUUCUGCUUGUUUCUUUUUAAUUUAGCUGAGAAGUAAAUUGGCAUCAUUAGUUCUUCUCUCUCUUUGAUUCAGGUGUUGGGGGGCUGGGGGCGUUCUCCCCGAUAUUUUUUACUUGUUUUAAAAGUCAGUGUUGAUGACCGCGUGCUUCUUCAGCGUAGUGUUUUAGAAUUGCCCCGUCCUGAAGACUGUUUCCAGCUUUAGAGGAGAUGUUUCCCUCUCAGAUGAAAUGUGUAAUUUACACCAUUUCUUCCUUUGUUGCUCAAUUUUCCUCUCUUCGCCAUUUGAUAACGUGGGUGGAGAUGUUCAAGUCACCCCUCAUGGCUCUGUCAUUCAUCAUAUCCGUAGUCCCCUUGUUUCCUCUUUUUUAGGGUCGCCGUUGGGAUUACCCAGAAAAGGCACCGUGCCGUAAUACCGAGUUAGGGCGUGGUGAGUCCAAGGGGGAAAGGUACUUGAUCUUGGUGGAAAAGUCCAUUGUACCUUGUCACAGAGUCUCCUUUCUUUGUCAUGUUUUCGCCUAAUAAGAUGGAGUAUGGAGUAAACCGUAAUAAUAUAACUUAAGUGUUCACUGUAAGCUAUUUGGAUUAAAAACUAUUACAGAGUUGUAAACUUGUUAUCAAAUUAAUGCAAGACAUUUAAACUAUUUUUUUGCAAAACUAUUUAUUUUUAAACAAUUUAGAAUAUAUCUAGGGUGAGUUAAAAGCCCCUGUGCAUCUACAUUAGAUGACAGGUAUAGUCACAGAGUCACUGUGCGUUGUUAAUAAAUGUUGAAAUGGCUUCUGUCUGUGUCUAGAAGCAUUUAUGUGUAUCUUUGUGAGAUCCUGGUGCACAGAGGUCUUUGGACUGCCCUGAAGCCCGUCUUAGGUGGGCACAGCCUGCUCCCCGCGUUUCCCUCCCGAUCCCGUGUGUUUACGAUCCAGCCAUUUGGUUCCAACUUCAGACGAUGCUGAUCUUCCUUUACUCUUUUGAAAACUGUCCUUUGUGUUUUUAUUUUGUGGAAUGCAAGUCUUGAUGCUGUUCUAAUCAGAAAGCCAAUCUUUCAGCCUGCUUUUGUGUAUUCGUAAUGUAAAACACUUCAAAACCACCUAUUCUAAUCCAGUUUGAAAUUGCUAGGGUUUCAAUGUGUAUUGAUUUGAAUGAAACAUUCGGCAAGUAGUUCUUUACCAACGAAGGUGUAUCGCACCGUUCCCUGCUUCUGCGUCGAGGAGGUGGCGCAACAUCACGUGGAGGUUGGCUUUAUGUGGUUCUGAGACAGUCUGGUUAAACAGGGGCUCGGGGAAAAGAAAUGAAGUUUGGUUUAGAUAUGAUUUGAGUAACUUUCUGGAUUUUAUUGAACGGUGGCUUAAAUGGGAUGGACGUGAACCCAUAAGCAAUUUUUAAAUAGAUGUUUCUACAAAUUUAUUUCUACAAAGAAAAAGAAAGCAGGAAAACUGCAUUCUCUUGUCACAAUUAAUGAAUCAGAGGGGUUUUUUUUGUUGUUUUUUUGUUAAAUACUUCCUCACAAAAUCUGAUGGAGGCAAGAAGCUAUGUCUAGGCUUUCCAGGACACUAUUAUGCAUUUUUAUAAAUAAUAAACCUAUAGAAAGUACUUGAAAAAUAGCUCACCUUUUCUCUUUCUAAGAAAAAACUGUCCUCUUUCUACUUGGUGCAAUAAUAUGAAAAUUUAGAAGUUCAAAAAUAUUAUAUCCCAGGAAAUGGUCAUAGAACUAAAAAUAGUGUUUAAGGAAACCAGCUACAUAAGGCAUCCAUCUUGACGUGGAAGAUCUUGUGCCAGAAGCCUAAGUGAUUGCACGUGGGAAAGAAAGCAGAGUGUACCUUGUAACUUCUGAGCCAGUAUUUCUGACAGAGGGUGAAAGUUACUAAAAUCUUAAAUAGGUUAUAUGCAAUGUCCGUCAGUGCUACAAAUCUCAAUUUCCAUCUUGACAGUGCUUUCAGAAACGCCAAUUUUAAUCACUGUACAUUUCACAUUGUGUGUGAGAGAUUCUCGCUUUAUGAAUGAUCCAAAAUAAUAUAUUUUAAAUCUUAAUAGCUUUUCAUGGAAUGUGAAGUCUUAAUUUGAAAAAGAAAUCACACUACCAGCAAUAGUCAGUUUUGUUGAAUACUCUAAUAAGGAACAAUCACCAGUUCCAUAUGUAACUUUAAAAUUCUAAAAUAAAGUAUUGGUACGCUAGUAAUCACAAAUUUGAUUUCUUUUAAUACUUUUGUAAUCCUGUAAAGAAGGUUUUUAUAAGCAUCCUUUUUAUUAAUCAGUCAUAACAUGGUGAAUGCAUCGAUGCUGUUUCUGAAAAGUAAUCCAAACUACGUCCAGAGAUGAUGAAAAAUUCUUAUAGAAUUUUGUAAUAAGUAUACAUGUUGGGUUAAAGAAAUUUUAUAGUCGUCGGAGUGCCAUGGAAUUAAUACUUGCAAUCCCGAUUGCUGUAGUUUACACUUUUUCUGUAUGUUUCAAAUCAGGUGUGUACCAUUUGUACUGAGAACACCACAGAAUGAAUUAUCCAAAGUCCAUUGAUUUUAAUAUGUGUUUUGGUUUGUAAACAAAUUAUAGUAAUUUCUUGCACAUUUUUGGAAAUUAAUUGUAUAAGAAUUUAUGUAUCUGCUUCUAGAUACGGUGUGUAAAUAAAAAUUUCGUUCACAACCUCUGCCUCCUCUCCUACUUGAUACCCAC